CCUGGUCGCGGCCUGCCGUGGGCUCGCUGUGUGUGUUUGUCGGUUACGGCCUCCCUCGCUGGGCUCUGGCUGGAAAGAGUUGAGGCGGGGAAGGAAAGGUGUAGCAGGGGGAGACACCGUGAAACCACCGCAGAGGAAUGUAGAACUUCACGGUGAAAAUCACCCACAAGGAACUGUGUACUCGAGCCAAAAGACCCAACACACCGCCUGGUUUCUCAUGGAAACAGAUGGAUUUGUGAGGAGGCGUCGGAUGACAGCGGAGACUGCAGGCAAUGAUCCCGGGGUUGCUGGAGCCUCAGCCGGGGCAGAAGUUCGAUGGCUGGGGGGCAGAUUCUGGGGAGUUUCGGAAAGUAUCGUGGGAAGCCUGACACCCCGAAUCGGGGGGGAAGCAGAACUGCAGACUGUUGAAUUGAUCCGCAGUGCACAGGAUGCACAAACAGAGGACUCUGAACCGGACUAUGAGGGUUUGCCACAGGGAGCUUCCACUAGCACCCACAUGUUGGCUGGAGCUGUGGCUGGGAUCAUGGAGCACUGCCUCAUGUUCCCUAUCGACUGUGUGAAGACACGAAUGCAGAGUCUCCAGCCAGACCCUGCAGCCCGCUACAGGAAUGUGAUGGAUGCUCUCCGCCGAAUUGUAGCCACAGAGGGAGUGUGGCGGCCAUUGAGAGGCCUGAAUGCGACAGCAGUUGGGGCGGGACCUGCCCAUGCCCUCUAUUUUGCCAGCUAUGAGAAACUCAAAAAGACUCUAAGUGAUGUCAUUCAUCCAGGGGCUAACAGUCAUUUGGCUAAUGGAGCAGCUGGGUGUGUGGCCACACUGCUUCACGAUGCAGUCAUGAACCCAGCUGAAGUUGUGAAGCAGCGCAUGCAGAUGUAUAAUUCGCCCUACCGCGGCGUGCUGGACUGUGUACGCGCCGUGUGGCAGAAAGAGGGCCCCGCUGCAUUCUACCGCAGCUACACCACCCAGCUCACCAUGAACGUGCCCUUCCAGGCGCUCCACUUCAUGACCUACGAGUACCUUCAGGAGCUGCUCAACCCCCACAGACAAUACAAUCCCUCAUCCCACAUGUUGUCCGGAGCUUUGGCUGGAGCGAUCGCAGCUGCAGCCACCACACCUCUGGACGUGUGCAAGACCCUGCUCAACACCCAGGAGUCUCUCACCCUCAGCUCCCUUCCUUCUGGCCAAGGCCCCAGCCAGGGCCAAGGCCAAGCAGCCCACAGACGCAUCUCAGGCCUGGCCCAUGCCUUCCGGACGGUUUACAGGCUGGGCGGCCUGCCGGGCUUCUUCAAGGGAGUCCAAGCGAGGGUCAUCUACCAGAUGCCCUCCACAGCCAUCAGCUGGUCGGUCUAUGAGUUCUUCAAGUAUGGACUCACCAAGCACCAGCACAACAAGAGGAGGAAGCAACACAUGGAGGCGGAGAUGUAGAAAUCUCCUUGAUUUGAUCUCCUCUAAAUAUUACUCUGUCCUCCCUGUGAGGACAAAAUUAAUACGCACAUUGAAUCUGACUAAAAUCCACCUCAGCUGUCCCAUCCCUUUCAGACAUGGCAGAUAAGAAAGACAUCUUCAAGCCUAGUUUCUUUAGUUUUAUUCCCGCUACGCUAUUACAAGACUAGGGUUGAGUUAUGUUGUUCCUCACUUUUAGGAGAAAAUAUUUACACAGUAUUAUAGAACUAUAGAACUCUUAUUUUUAAGCUGUUCUACUUACGACUACGUUCGUCCAAAUAGAGGGUAACUGUGAAGAACUGCAAAGGUGGUCAGCAGAGGGCAGUAGUGUUACUGUGUUAACUCUUGUAGGUUCAAAAGCUUGGCUGUCCUUGUACCAGGUUUGAGUUUUUCCUCAUUCAAAUGUUACAAAUAAAGAUUAGAACUGACUUCUUAUCCACACCUCACAACGGAGAGAAUUCAGUCUUUAACCCUAAAUAUUUUUUUGAUUGUAUCCAGUUAAAAAAAUAUCUCAGCCUUACGACAUUCAUAGAAAACAGACCCACAUUUAAAACAAUUUGCUAUCAAUAGAACACAGAAUAAUUCUAUCAAUAUCCAGAUACCUUUGAGGAAAUUCAGUAAAAUCCAGCUAAAAUGGCAACUCAGGUGUUUGAACACAAAAAUAAGACAAUUUUCUGAUUUAACUGAACUACGUAAUAUAGAAUGUAGUCCAAUAAACAAAUUAACAAAGGAGACCAUAAUCUAGACAGGUAUAGGGUUCCUUUUUGCUUUGCUAAAUUAAUGAAUAUAUAUAUAUUUUCUCCUUUUCAAAUGUGUUUAAAUUUGUUAUCUAUGAUGUAAUUGGACAGAAAAAUACCAUUUUAAGUAAGGUAUCUGAAGUGUGUUAAUUUAUUUUUCAUCAUUUUGAUUAAUAUUUUAUUUCCAGCAAAUGUAUUACUUUAAUGUUCUUUUUUUUUUUUCUUCCAUACUUCUGAUUAGGCCCAGUGUUUGGCAAGGCAGACAAGAGCAACAUUUCGAUGGCCAUUUCUGUGCUUCAGCUGUAGCUGUCGGUCUGUUUUCAGCUAUUGAACUACUGAGUUUGUUUGUUUGUGCUCAACAAAAAAGGAUGAAGAAUUUGACUGAGAAUCUCCAAGAGUUGGAUCUCCCACAAGAUAUGUCUCUGUACGCACAAUGAGCACACUUAUAAUGGAAGCUGUCAUUCUUACUGAUUGAUGUCUGAUUGUUUCUGACACUGAAUUGCACUCAUUGAAUAAAGAUUCAGCAGCGGGGCUCUUCUCGCUGCUCGUAAAACUAGGA